AUGCUGUUUCAGAUCCUUCUGGACGGUCCUUACGGCGCGCCGUCGUCACACAUAUUCCGCGCAGAGCACGCGGCGCUGGUGGCGGCGGGCAUAGGUGUGACGCCGUUUGCUUCCAUUCUCCAGUCGCUUAUGCUCCGGCAUUGGGCGGAGCGUGCCCAGUGCCCAAACUGUCACCACACCUUCCACGCCGCACCGCCUAGUUUCGGAAGCAAACUAAAGAAGGUGGACUUUUUCUGGAUCAACAGGGAGCAAUGUUCAUUCGAGUGGUUUGUGACCCUUUUGGCGAAGUUAGAAAUAGAACAGGCUGAGAUGGGAGACGAGAGGUUCCUGGACAUGCACAUGUACAUAACUAGCGCUUUACAGAGAACUGAUAUGAAGGCGGUGGGGCUGCAAUUGGCGUUAGAUUUACUGCAUGAAAAGGUAUCAACACUUCCAACUAGUUCAUGUUAUCUUUGACGGUCUCCUUGGCCGAGUGACUCGCACGACGGUUUCAAAACAAAACAAAUAAUCUCCGGUCUACAUUUGAUCAUUAUAAAAAAACAACUUUUCUAUAUUUGCUCGGGUCUGGAUGUUGUGUGUCUUAAUUUGGGAUCCCAGCAACGUACAUGAUGUUGUCUAAUAUUUAUUUAUCGGUUUAAUAAAAUUUUAAAGUACAAGACAUACUUUUACUACAGUUUACAAUAGUUUUGUGCCUAUUAUUAAUUUAUAUCAUUUUGUUGAUGGCAUGACUUACGUAAAUGUCGUUACUUCUGUUAAGACAUAAGAAUGUUACUUGUAUGCUAAUAUUAUAUUUGUUAGAAAUAUUUCUCUGAAUCGUAUUCUUUAUCAUUUCCUCUAGGAAAAACGCGAUCUGAUAACAGGCCUGAAGACCCGAACGAACGCUGGACGUCCCAACUGGGACAAAGUAUUCAAGCAGCUGCAGGAACAGAACAAGGGCAAGAUAACGGUAUUCUACUGUGGACCGCCGCAGCUGGCGCGAGUACUACGCGUCAAAUGUGA